UUCUCACCUGCUGAAAAUAUUCGGCUUCAUCACCUUAGCAUUGGCCUAAAAGGAAACCUUGCAGUCGUGCAACCAAACCUUGUCCGACUAUGGCUUCAGCGCGGUUUCUCCGCCCAAGUCACCUUCAUAUUCAUGGUGGUUUUACCUCUGCGCUUCCCGCCAUUCCACGCUUCUCACGCAACCGUCUCACCUCGCUCGACCGGGUUUACUUCUUUACGAACCGGUCCCUGCCUCCUCUGUGCGCGGUCUCCAAGAUUGGUUUCUCAGCAGCCAAAGAUGAAGCCGCUUCUCCUGGUGAUAUUGAAUUCGAGGCGCCACUGAAAAUUGUGGAAUAUCCAGACCCGAAAUUGAGGGCAAAAAAUAAACGCAUAGUUAGCUUCGAUGAUAAUCUGAAGAGUCUUGCCCGCGAGAUGUUUGAUGUAAUGUACAAAACCAAUGGUAUUGGUCUCUCAGCACCCCAAGUUGGAAUUAAUGUUCAACUUAUGGUGUUCAAUCCAGUGGGUGAAUCUGGGGAAGGAGAGGAAAUUGUUCUUGUAAACCCAAGAGUUAGCAAAUACUCAAAGAAACUGUCAAUUUUAAAUGAAGGGUGUCUAUCAUUUCCUGGAAUAUAUGCUGAUCGACCUGAAUCAGUGAAGAUUGAUGCACGUGAUGUGAAUGGAAAUAGAUUUUCAUUCUCGUUGGAUGGGCUUCCUGCUCGAGUAUUCCAGCAUGAGUUUGAUCAUCUGCAGGGGAUUCUUUUCUUUGAGAGAAUGACUGAAGAAGUUCUUGGUAAUAUCCGUGAACAGCUACAGGCCUUGGAAAUGAAGUAUGAACAACUGACUGGAGUACCAAGUCCUGAAAAGAUACAAAACAGGAGGGAAAGAAGGAAUGCUGUCGGUUUUGGGAAAUCAUGAUCAAACCUGACUCAGGUCUCUGCUUCAUGGUUUUCAUGAUAAUAAAUUCCAUUUUUCCUAUCUGUAUACUUUAUGCUUCUUGUUGAAAAAUGAUUUGCUCCUAUUUUACCAGUCAAUAUCAGGUACAACCAUAAGCUCAACACCUACGAAGAUUUCGAAUUCGAAACGUUUCAAGUUUGCAAAAGUAUUGGCAGGGGACUGCUCUGCAAAGAGAAAGCUGGCUGAAACAUAAAACAUUCUUUUUGACGCAAGUCCUUCUGGCCCAGAAAAGUGAGAUUUCUAAUGGAUCCUAUUCGUUUGUUAGCUAUGAAAGAAAAUACAACGAAAAUCAGAGUAUAGAAGAACAGGAGUGCUAAAAAUGCAAUCAUCCUCUCUGUCUCAUUAUCUAAGUGUUCAUUCAUCAUAUUCUGUUUAUAAAAAUACUCUUCUAAAAAUGUUAUUUGUUGUUAUUAAAUUUAGUUCCUUUUGUCAUGCAUCUAGAAAAAACAAUAUAUUCUGAGUGUUUCAAUAACAUUUAAUAUAAUGGAAAAUCAGGUUUCUGAAUC